AUGCGCUAUCUGCGAAUCCUCGUCAGCAAUAUCAGCAGGACCAACGACAACGCAGUCAAUCCUCAUAUCUUCCCUUCGCUCGCUGCUGCCGGCGCCGCUUUAGCUUCCGCAGCGAUGCCAUCGCUGGAGUCAGCCGGUGAUGCGAUCGCGCAAGCCGGCAACGCCCUCACUGGCAACGAGGACACGAAACCCCGAUCAGAGCGUUCAGGCGGGCUCUUCAUUGGGAACAAACUUCCUGCAGCAUUACCGAAGGGUUUCGCGGCCUUGGAAAGGCGAGUGCGCUUGUCCGAUACUUUUCUUCAACAGCUGCAACGCACGGCCUGCUUCGAUUUUGGCAGUCCGGGCGUGGACCAUCGCUUGAACCAGCUGCUCUUUGACAUUGUAAUGACCGAAGCCGCUUCCUACCUACCGAAUGCGACAUCGCCGCCGGCGCAUCCAAUACAAGGACAUCUGCGAAUAGCUUGUGCUUGCCUGACCAUCGUUCAAGGCCAACAGACGGAAGGCUCCAAAUUCGCCGAGGAUGAGAAGUACGCAUGGGGCUUGCAAGCAGCGUGGUUGGAAGUGACGACGUUGGACCAGAAUGCCUUGCGCGAGCCGAAGUCGCCCGAGGCGGCUCUGUGGGCCAUUUUCAUCAUCAGCGUGACCUGCGGGUCGACGGUGCAUUUCUUCGGCCAGGUCAUUAUGGGACUGCUGGAAGAGAUGCAACUCCGGCGGUGGGAGGAGGUCCGGAGUCUGCUGAUCAAUUUCAUCUAUCCUGGAUCGUACCUGGAGGCUCCGUGCAAGCAAUUCUAUGAGCAACUACAGCAGGGCAACGUUGUCCAUUGA